AUGGGAUCACCAUCAUUCAUGGGCCUUCGUGGAAGCGCUCUUACCUUAGCACAACUUCUUCUGGUUGUUUGUCCUGCUUUCAUUCUAUUCGGAUACAAUCAAUCCAACCUUGGUGGAUUGGUUUCGGUGACGGAUUUCACGAAUCACUUCCCUCGGAUCGAUACUGUUCACACUGAAGGAGAACAGAAGAGUUCAAAUGCCACCAUACAGGGCGUUGUGGUGGCCACCUUUACAUUGGGGGCGAUGAUUGGGUGCCUUUCUUGUUCAUAUACCAGCGACAGGUUUGGACGCCGUAUCGUGAUAUUCGCAGGGGCCAUCCUCACCAUGGUUGGGGAGGUCCUCGAAGCAUCUUCGUUCCAACUCGCUCAGCUCAUCAUCGGUCGAGUGAUCCUAGGUGCUGGCGUGGGGAUGUUGAGCGGUACAGUCCCUACCUGGCAGAGUGAAUGCUCUAGCUCCACGAACCGUGGAAAGCACGUCGUUCUGGAUGGGCUUUUCAUCUCCAUUGGAUAUGUGCUGCAGGCUUGGAUCAACUUAGGAUUUUACCAAAUCAAAACGGGUUCAGCAUCUUGGCGGCCACCGAUCGCCAUCCCAGUCCUCUUUUCGCUUCUUUUGAGUCUUGUUAUUUUAGUAAUGCCAGAGUCCCCACGGUGGCUGUCUCAACAAGGUCGCAUCCAGGAAGCACGAAACACCCUUGCUGCGCUCAAGGGGCUAUCAGAAGAUGACACGAGAAUCAUUGAUGAAUUAUCCGCAAUCGAACGCUCGUUGGAACAGUCCGGCCGCACUGCGGCGUCGCUUGGCGAUAUGCUGAAGAUGGGAGAGGAUCGCCUUCUCUACCGGUUUUGCUUGUGUAUCUUGUUGCAGUUCUACCAACAAAUGUCUGGGGGGAACCUGAUUUCCGUCUAUUCAACUGUCAUCUUCCAGGAGGGUCUUCACAUGGAUUCCGAGACAUCUCGAAUCUUAUCCGGAGGGACUUUGACGUGGAAGCUCCUCUCCUGCUUUGUGGGUUUCUUUGCCAUCGAUCGAUUUGGGCGACGUUUUGUGCUCAUGGUGAGUGGCACGGGAAUGGCGACUUGUAUGAUGGGACUCGCCAUUGCGACUUCCUUUCCACAUUCGAAUUUUGGUGCCCAGGUGGCUAGUGUUUUCUUCGUGUUUCUCUUCAAUUUCUUCAUUCCAAUCGGCUUCUUGGGCGCCAAUUUCCUGUACUGUACCGAGGUGGCGCCCACGAAGCUGAGAGUAGCCAUGUCGAGUAUUUCCACUGCUAACCAUUGGCUGUGGAACUUCGCUGUCACGAUGAUUACCCCGGUAGCGAUCAACACUAUCGGGUAUCAGUACUACAUUGUGUUUACCUGUAUUGGGUUCUGCAUCCCUAUCUCCGUCUACUUCUUUUAUCCCGAGACCAUGGGUCGAUCGCUCGAAGAAAUUGACUUGAUUUUCCGGAACAGCCCGUCGGUCUUUGCAACUGUCCGGUAUGCGAGGGAAAAUCCUCAACUUGCACUCGAGCAAGACUGGGCACAAGAGAAGGAGGAGAUCCGACACGACGAGAAAGUGUAG